AUGCUUAAUCGCAACGAAAACAAACUACGCCACCUGUUUAAGUUGAACGCCACCUCGAAGCACCUACGCUGGAAACAGACUCCCAUAACUCCCACAGAAUCCGGCGGCGUCCCCACAAACAAAGCUCUAACAUUCAGCUGGCGAAACGGGGAUCUAGACCAUGCCCGCCAGAUGUUCGACAAAAUGCCCCAACGAACAGUCGUCUCGUGGAACACCAUGAUUACCGGCUACUACAAAUGGAAUUUCACCACCAGCGCCCUAGGCUUGAUCUCGCUCAUGCAUCACUCCAACGUCAAGUUCAACGACACCACAUUUUCCACCUCACUCAGCGUCUGUGGCCGGGCGCAGUCGUUGAUCAACGGGAAGCAGGUUCAAGGGCUGCUUAUGAAAUCUGGAUAUCAAAGAUUCAAGCUUGUCGGAAGCGGCUUGUUGUACUUGUAUGCUAACUCUUGCCAUAUCGGCGACGGCCGGAAACUCUUCGAUGAAUUACACCAAGAAAACGAGUUGUUGUGGAGUUUGAUGUUGGUUGGUUAUGUUGAGUGCAACUCAAUGGCUGAAGCUCAGAGCAUCUUCCAUCAAAUGCCGAGACGCGGCGUGGUGGAGUGGACUACGUUGAUUUCGGGGUACGUGAAGGGCGAGGCUGGGUGCAGCAAGGCAUUGGAGGUGUUCAAGAUGAUGAGAGAGAAUGGCGAGGCUACUCCGAAUGAGUUCACUUUGGAUUGCGUAGUGAGAGGCUGUGGUAGGAUGUGGGAUCUCAUGAGUGGAAGGCUGAUUCAUGGGCUUGUUAUAAAAUUAGGGUUUGAAGAUGAGUGUUCCAUUGGUAGCGCCCUGGUUUUCUUGUAUUGUAGCUGUGAAUCCAUGGAAGAAGCUGAGUUGAUUUUCAGCAGCAUGCGAAACAAAGAUUCGGUGUCGUACAAUCUGAUGAUCAAAGCUUAUGCAAGGUGUGGUCGAGUUGAGGAGUCAAAGAGGUUGUUUAUGCAGAUGCCACUCAAAGUCUUGAGCUCUCUGAACACCAUGAUCUCUGUGUAUGCGAGGAAUGGUGAGGUCGACAAAGCUUUGGACCUUUUUGACAAGGCAAAGUUAGAAGGAAGCCCCAUUAGUUGGAACUCUAUGAUUUCUGGGUAUAUUCACAACGAUCAGCAUGAGAAUGCAUUGGAUCUCUACCUAACCAUGUGUAGAUCAUCCAUGAGUCCGAAUGCAUCCACCUUCGCCGUGUUGCUCUACGCCUGUGCCUGCUUGGGAUCUCUUCAGCAGGGACAAGUGGUCCACGGCCAUUUGGCGAAAACUCCCUUCUCCUCCAAUAUCUGUGCUGGAACAGCCCUCAUCGACAUGUAUUCAAAAUGCGGAAGCAUUGCAGACGCAAGGGGCGCGUUCAGCUGCGUUUCCUCACCCAAUGUGGCAGCUUGGUCAGCGCUGAUCAACGGGCAUGCGCAGCACAGCCUUGGCUCUGAUGCGGUGUCGUUAUUCAGUCUCAUGCUAGAGAGGGGCGUGACUCCAAAUGCAGCAACUUUUGUGGCCGUCUUAUCUGCUUGUGCAAGAGCAGGUAUAGUAGACAAGGGAGUGGCAAUUUUCCGAUCAAUGAAGGAGCAGUAUGGUAUAAGUCCAACGCGGGAGCACUUGACAUGUGUCGUGGAACUCCUCGGACGAUCAGGGCUCGUACAUGAAGCCGAAGAAGUUGUAGAGUCGAUGCCAGUUGCAGCAGACAAGAUUGUUCUGAUGAUACUGCUGCAUGCUAGUUGGUCGUGGAUGGAGAUGGAAGUAGCGGAACGAGUGGCUCGGAGAUUGCAGGCUUUGGAUCCUAACUCAGAAUCUGCGUGCAUUAUAAUGUCGAACAUGUAUUCGGGGAUGGGGAAGUGGGGGAAGAAGCUCAAGCUGAGGGAGGCGUUGAAACAACAGGGGUUUAAGAAGGAUCCUGGAUGUAGUUGGAUUGAUAUAAACAGCCGAAGCCAUGUCUUUUUGGUGAGCUGUAGAAACCAUCCAAACUCUGAUAUGAUAUAUGCAACUUUGGAGUCUCUAAGAUUGAAUGCACGAGAUUGAAAUAUUCUUUCAUUUA